AAAGGGACAGGGAAAUACAGAGAAAGGCUCUGUUUUCGCUUUUAUCUAUGUCUGUGUCUUUCUCUCUCUUUCCCUCUCUCCAAACACAUGGUUUCGACAUUACAGGGGUUUUUUUCUCUUGUUUUCUUCAGCUGUUUUUCGGUUUUUUCUUUUUGUUCCUUUUUUUUUAAAAUAAUCUUCUAGGUUUUUGGAGCUACACAACAAGAAGGAAAACACUUCAAAUUGAAGCUCCCAAUGCUGUGAAAUCGAGCUUUUCUUGGUUCGGUGGAGGAUUUUUUUGUUGUUAUUUUCUUGGAAUUUGGGUUGUUUUUUUUGUGGGUUUUGGGGUUUGAUGGUGGUUGAGAUCGGACUGGAAUGGGAGAUCUUGUUUUGAUGGAGUGGAUUGUUGAUGACUGAUGAUGUUAGGGGUGAAGAUCGAAUAUCGGUGUUAUGGUAAUUGAGAUUUGUAGUGUGUUCGAGCAAGAAUCUCGGUAGCGAAGAUGCAUUUCGCGAAGCUCGAUGACUCUCCUAUGUUUCGGAAGCAGAUACAAUGCUUGGAGGAAAGUGCUGAAUCAUUGAGGGAGAGAAGUCUGAAGUUUUACAAAGGAUGUCGAAAAUACACUGAAGGGCUUGGGGAAGGAUAUGAUGGGGACAUUGCUUUUGCAAGUGCUCUAGAAACUUUUGGUGGAGGACACAAUGAUCCUAUUAGUGUGGCUUUUGGAGGCCCUGUUAUGACCAAAUUCACUAUUGCAUUGAGAGAGAUUGGGACAUACAAGGAAGUUCUUCGCUCCCAGGUUGAGCACAUGCUAAAUGACCGGUUGAUACAAUUUGUGAAUAUUGAUUUGCAUGAUGUCAAGGAAGCAAGAAAGCGUUUUGACAAAGCUAGCCUCCUAUAUGAUCAGGCUCGUGAGAAGUAUCUGUCGCUGAGGAAAGGCACAAAAAGUGAUAUAGCUACUGUUCUGGAGGAGGAGCUUCAUAAUGCAAGAUCUACAUUUGAGCAAGCUCGCUUUAAUCUGGUAACUACUCUUUCUAAUGUUGAAGCAAAAAAAAGGUUCGAAUUCUUGGAAGCAGUUAGUGGGACAAUGGAUGCUCACCUUCGCUACUUCAAGCAGGGGUAUGAGCUGUUGCAUCAAAUGGAACCUUAUAUCAAUCAGGUUUUGACUUAUGCACAACAAUCAAGAGAAAGGUCCAAAUAUGAACAGGCAGCCCUUAAUGAAAAGAUGCAAGAGUUCAAAAGACAGAUUGAUCGAGAAAGCAGGUGGCCUUCAAAUGGUUCUAAUGGGUCUCCUAAUGGAGACGGUAUACAAGCCAUUGGCAGAAGCUCACAUAAAAUGAUAGAGGCUGUGAUGCAAUCUGCAGCCAAGGGAAAGGUUCAAACCAUCCGACAAGGUUACCUCUCAAAACGCUCCUCAAACCUGAGAGGUGACUGGAAAAGAAGGUUUUUUGUUCUUGAUAGCCGAGGAAUGCUAUAUUACUAUCGCAAACAGAACAGCAAACCAUCUGGAUCUGGCAGUCAGCAUUCAGGUCAGAGGAAUAGUUCUGAACUUGGUUCUGGACUGUUGAGUCGGUGGCUUUCUUCCCAUUAUCAUGGUGGAGUACAUGACGAGAAAUCUGUUGCUCAUCACACAGUGAACCUGUUGACAUCAACAAUAAAGGUUGAUGCUGAUCAGUCAGAUCUCAGGUUUUGUUUCAGGAUUAUUUCUCCAACGAAGAACUAUACUUUGCAGGCAGAGAGUGCACUGGACCAAAUGGAUUGGAUUGAAAAGAUAACAGGGGUUAUUGCUUCAUUACUGAGUUCUCAGGCUCCUGAGAGGUGUCUGCCUAUUAGUCCAAUGGGAAGCAGUCAUCACCGCUCUGCAAGUGAGAGUAGUUCAUAUGAAAGUACUGAUUUCGAUCACACAGCAGUUGAAGAAUACACAUCCGAGAGGAGCUCAGCCACUGCACAUCAUGAGCGCCCAUCAAAAGGUUUGCAACAGAUACGGUCCUGCAUAAAAUCCGAGAAGCCAAUUGAUGUAUUGCGAAGAGUAUGUGGGAAUGAUAAAUGUGCUGAUUGUGGGGCACCUGAACCAGACUGGGCAUCCUUAAAUCUUGGUGUUCUUGUCUGCAUUGAAUGUUCUGGUGUUCAUCGUAAUCUUGGUGUACAUAUAUCAAAGGUAAGAUCGCUGACACUUGAUGUUAAAGUGUGGGAGCCUUCUGUAUUAACUCUGUUUCAGUCUCUGGGCAAUACCUUCGCUAAUUCAGUUUGGGAGGAACUAUUGCAAUCAAGAAAUGCCUUUCAGGUUGAUCUUGUUCCUACAGGCUUAUACAAGUCAGAUAAACCACAGUUGCAUUUUAUCAGCAAGCCAAGUCAUGCUGAUUCUAUUUCAAUUAAGGAGAAAUACAUACAUGCAAAGUAUGCAGAAAAGCUUUUUGUUCGCAAGCCAAAAGACAAUCAAUAUCCUUGUUUAGUGACACAACAAAUCUGGGAUGCUGUUCGUACUAAUGACAAGAAAGCAGUAUAUCGUUACAUUGUUAACUCUGAAGCCGAUGUGAAUGUUGUGUAUGAGCAAACAUUAUGUAACUCUUCUUUAACCCUUGCCAAAGUAAUGCUGUUGCAAGAGCAGACAAACCUUGACCACAGCUCUAGGUGCUUGACAGGGGAUUCAUUUGACAAGUCAUCUGUAAGCUCUUCGAAUGCAGCAAGUACAAGUGAAGGCCAGACCAUGGAGGAUUUUGAUGGGUGGUCCCUGCUUCACCUUGCUUGUGAAACUGCAGACAUUGGCAUGCUAGAGCUUCUUCUACAGUAUGGAGCAAACAUAAAUGCUUGUGAUUCAAGAGGUCAGAUGCCACUCCAUCGAUGUAUUCUGAGAGGCAAAGCUACAUUCGCCAAACUGCUUCUCACAAGGGGAGCAGACCCGCGAGCUGUAAACGGGGAAGGCAAAACCCCAUUUGAGCUAGCAGUAGAGUCAAACUUUGUUGAUAGUGAUGUCCUUGCUCUAUUAUCAGACUCGAAUGGAUAAGACACUAAAGAAAAAGAGGAUUUACUGAAGAGCCAACUGCAUUGAAGCUGAGUGAUCUCAGUAAACAAAGAAAAAUCAUAUUGAAGGUGUUGUUUCUUUUUUUGUAUAAUUAUAUCAUAUCAUAAAUUUGAGGGUUGAUUCUUCAUUGAAGGGGGGAGCUGUCACAACCGUUUUUAGGGCAUCUGCUCAGAUUGGUCUGGAAGAGUGCAAAUCAAAAUGGCCCCUGGAGUUGAGAGGUGGGCAACGGCGUCUGCCUCGGGCCUCUGUAAUGUAAUGUGUUUGUUUAUUCAGUUUGUUUGCUUCCUUUUUUCCAUGGGGCUGCGAGGAUUUAGUUUUAGGGCAUUUGUGUGUUUGUAAAUUGUUUUGUUGUAGUCCAUUUUCUGUUAGCAUGGUAACAUCCCUGUGUUGGCUGUAGACUUUUCAAAUACCCAUUUGAAAAAAAGUUAAAAAAAGUUAAAAAAAGAAAAAAAAAGAAAAAGAAAAGAAAAUCCCCCCCUUUUUUUUGGAAUUUUUGAUGAAGAAUUUAAAGAAAAGUUUGCAUGCAAAUGCUUAUAGAACUAUUUGGUGAUGGUUGGACAACAUUGAGUGGCCCUUGUGAUGCUUAUAGAACAUUAGUUUUUUCCUUUUUCCUUUGGAUAAGUUGUUAUUUAGAUUUGCAUUCUGCAGAUGUUGGAUUAUGGGGAUUUAUUGUUGCCAAGAGAAUGGAAUGUCUUAAAAUAUCUGUCUGGGAAAAGCAUUUGGGUGAA